CGCCGCUGCCUCCCACCGCGUUCCGUUGCUGUCAUGUCCGAGACUGCUCCUUCUGCAGUGGCGGCCGCUGCGCCGGCCGCCGCCGCUAAAACUGCCGCCAAGAAGCCAAAGAAAGCGGCGAGCGGCUCCAAAGCCCGCAAGCCUGCGGGCCUCAGCGUCACCGAGCUGAUCACUAAGGCCGUGUCUGCUUCCAAGGAGCGCAAAGGGCUCUCGCUCGCCGCGCUCAAGAAGGCGCUGGCCGCCGGCGGCUACGAUGUGGAGAAAAAUAACAGCCGUGUCAAGGUAGGGCUAAAGAACCUUGUCAGCAAGGGGAUUUUGGUGCAGACCAAGGGCACCGGUGCGUCUGGGUCUUUUAGGCUCAGCAGGAAGCCUGAAGAAGUGAAAGAAAAAGCCCCCAAGAAACGGGAAGCCGCGGCCAAGCCUAAGAAGUCUGCGGCGAAGAAGCCUGCCGGUGCAGCCAAGAAGGCAGCAACGGCAAAGAAGAGCCCCAAAAAAGUCAAGAAGCAGGUGGCCACUGCAGCCAAGAAAGGGACCAAAAGUCCUAAGAAGGCAGUGGUUAAGGCUGCCAAGCCCAAAAAGGCAGCAGUGAAGAGUCCGGCCAAGGCAAAGGCAGUGAAGCGUAAGGCAGCCAAGCCUAAAGCGGUUAAGGCUAAGAAGGCAGCGCCCAAGAAGUAAGCGCCUGUGAAAGAAAAUGCUUACUCUGCGCUUAAACCAAACGGCUCUUUUAAGAGCCACCCACA